AUGGCCUCUGACAGGGUCCAUGCUGCUUUACCUGACCCUCCCAGUCAGAAUGAAGAGGACAACAGAGAAGAGGAGAAAGUGUUUGGAAAUAUUUUUGCAGAGUUAGAAUCUGUGGACUUGCCCCUAGGAACCACCUUAAGGUCUAUUUACGAUGACCAGCCCAAUGCCCACAAGCGCUUCAUGGAAAAGCUGGAUGCCAGGAUAAGGAACCAUGACCGAGAAAUUGAGAAAAUGUGCAAUUUCCACCACCAAGGCUUUGUGGACGCCAUCACAGAGCUCCUCAAAGUCCGCACUGAUGCAGAGAAACUGAUGGGUCAAGUGACAGACACUAAUCGAAGACUACAAGAAGCUGGGAGGGAGGUGACAGCUCAGACACAGGAGGUGAUCUGCUGUCGGAUCCAGCAGAGGAACAUGGCCACGACUGUUGAGAAGCUCCAGCUCUGUAUACCAGUGCUAGAAAUGUACAGCAAACUGAAGGAGCAGCUGGAAACCAAAAGAUACUAUGCUGCGUUGAAAACCAUGGAGCAGCUGGAGAAGGUCUUCAUCCCCAGAGUCAGCCAGUACAGGUUCUGUCAAAUCAUGGCUGAAAACCUCCCCAGACUGAGAGAGGAGAUCAAGGAGAUCUCAAUGUCAGACCUCAAGGACUUCCUGGAGAGCAUCCGAAAACACUCAGACAAGGUUGGAGAGACUGCCAUGAGACAGGCACAGCACCACAGGACCUUUAACAGAGUCGUAACAAAGCAGGCCAGUAUGGGUCACUACACCAAGCCUGUGUACUCCUUUAAUGGACGAACACACACUCACAAUGGCUUGAUGAUGGAUGACGACACAGGAGAUGAGGAUGAAGCAGAUGAAGAGGUUCUUACAGCUCAGGACCUUGUGGACUUCUCACCUGUUUACAGAUGUUUACAUAUAUACACUGUGCUGGGUGAUCGAGAAACAUUUGAAAACUACUACAGGAAACAGAGGAAAAAACAGGCCAGGCUAGUGCUGCAGCCACAGGCUAACAUGCAUGAGACAGUGGAAGGCUACAGAAGAUACUUCAAUCAGAUUGUUGGGUUCUUUGUUGUGGAGGAUCAUAUCCUCCAUGCCACACAUGGGCUGGUGACUAGAGCUUUCACUGAUGAACUGUGGAACAUGGCCCUGUCUAAGAUCAUCGCUGUGCUCCGCACACACUCUUCUUACUGUGAGGACCCAGACCUGGUCCUGGAGCUGAAGAACCUCAUAGUAAUCUUCGCUGACACACUACAGGAUUAUGGUUUCCCAGUGAACCGCCUGUUCGACCUACUUUUCGAGGUCAGAGACCAGUACAAUGAAACUUUGCUGAAGAAGUGGGCCCUGGUUUUCAGGGAGAUCUUUGAGUCGGAUACCUACAGUCCCAUCCCAGUGGAGACAGAGGAUGAGUAUAAAGUGGUUGUCAGUCGCUUUCCCUUCCAUGAUGCCGAGAUAGAGAAGCAGGACUUUCCGAAGAAGCUGCCAAUGUCCCAGUCUGUCCCUGUGAUCUACACACAGGUCAAAGAGUUCAUUUAUGCCAGCCUCAAGUUCUCGGAGUCACUACACCGCAGUUCAACAGAGAUUGAUGACAUGCUGCGGAAAUCCACCAACCUGCUGCUGACAAGAACACUCAGCAGCUGUCUGCAAAACCUCAUCAAGAAACCUCACAUAGGACUGACUGAGCUGGUGCAGAUCAUCAUAAAUACCACCCACCUGGAGCAGGCCUGCAGGUAUUUGGAGGAGUUUAUAACAAACAUCACCAAUGUCUCCCCUGAAACGGUACACACCACAAGACUCUAUGGCUUAUCCACAUUUAAGGACGCUCGUCAUGCUGCAGAGGGAGAAAUCUAUACCAAACUCAACCAGAAAAUUGACGAGUUUAUCCAGCUUGCAGACUAUGAAUGGGGCAUGACUGAGUCAGAUGGUCGCGCAUCUGGAUACCUCAUGGAUCUGAUCAACUUCCUGCGGUCCACCUUCCAGGUCUUCACACACCUUCCAGGUAAAGUGGCCCAGACAGCUUGUAUGUCAGCCUGUAAGCAUCUCUCCAUAUCACUGAUGCAAAUGCUGCUGGACACGGAACUCAAACAGAUCAGUAUGGGAGCCAUUCAGCAAUUCAACCUAGAUGUCAUUCAGUGUGAAUUGUUUGCCAGCUCUGAGCCCGUCCCUGGUUUCCAAGGAGACACACUCCAGCUAGCCUUCAUCGAUCUACGACAGCUCUUGGACCUGUUCAUGGUGUGGGACUGGUCAACCUAUCUGGCAGAUUACGGCCAGCCAACCUCCAAAUACCUGAGAGUGAAUCCAGCCACUGCCCUGGCUCUACUUGAGAAGAUGAAGGACACCAGUAAGAAGAACAACAUUUUCUCCCAGUUCAGGAAGAACGACAGAGACAAACAGAAGCUGAUAGAGACUGUGGUCAAACAGCUGAGGAGCCUGGUCAACGGAAUGUCCUCAUGAACACACACGCACAUAUUGCUGUCACAAGGAGGGGAUGAAGCAUGCAUGCAAACACACACAGACACACACACACAACAGGAAGAGACGGAUGCCUGGCAUACACACAUACAAACACACACACACACACACAACGGCACAGCAAUACACACUGUACAAGGCAUGCAGGGAAAUUAAGCAGACACAGGAUCUGUAUGAAGUCCUGUCCUCCCCGUACUGUUUAACUAGAUUGAAUAUCCAAUGUAAAUAACACACACACACUUAACAGUUUUAUUGGACUGAACAGUAAAAAUGUUUGUAGUAUUUUCAUGAUGAUGAUAAGACAAGCUAUGUUUGUACAUUGGUGAGAGUGCUAUGAUUGUAGCUGCAGAGGGAGACUGGUACAGCACAGGAAGUGACACUCCUAAGUACUGGCACAAUGAGGUUAAGGUCAACAACACUUUCUGCCCCUCACGUAAAUGGGAUGAACCAUUUCCUGUAGAUACACCUGUGCUAUAAACAAAAUAACAGUACCUCUCUUCUAGAUGGAUGGUGUCUGGAACACAUUGUUUAGCUUUUUAUUUGGAGGAAAUCAUUGUUAAUCUAGAGAGAUGGACCUUAUAAAUGACUGUAAUCAGAUGAGUGUAAUCUAGAUUCCCUCAUCUUAAAUUAUUUAAUUUACUGUCUGGAGAAAAUUCAGAUGCUUAAAGAACUGUACAGAUUUUGAGUGUAACGUUAAAAUUUUUUAUUUUCAAUUUCAACCACACCUCUCGACAACAAUUGGCUAAAGCAAUCGUCUUGCUUGAUGUUAGGACUUAUUUCUCAUGAAUUCUUACCCAUAACACCAUUUUCUCUGUAAACGCGCCGACUAAUUGACAUGGAUCAUUUUAUUCUGAAUAGUCAGAUAAACUCCCAGCACAAUCAUAAUCAUUAAGAAGCACGCUUGUGAAGCUUUGGAACUUUUUGGUGUGACCACAUGUGCUGCAGAUUCUGCUGGAAAAUCUCACUGCUUCCACAUGGUUUUCGCCUACUGUCUAUGCCCCCAGAAUUAUGGGACUGUAGCCUUAGAUGGCUCUGACCAAGUUAAGCUCAUUGUCCCAAUACCUGAACUCUUGUUACUGCAUGUGUGUGUGUGUACAUGCGUGUGUGUUUGUGUGUGCGGCCGUGCAAGUGUGUGAAAUGCUUAGGUCAUGGAUUGGUGGAAGAAUAGAGGAGUGGAUGAUGACGUCUUGAAAGACUGAUGUUCAUGAAAAGAGUGGAGUGUUGUCUUUUCUCAUUUGUAGCUUUGUUUUUUUGUCUCAUUUUCUUCUUCCUCCUCUUGUACAUUUAAAAUUUGCAGACAGACCCUCACAGUGACUCAACAUGGACGAGUUUGUGAUUGUGAGUCUUUGACUCCCAGGUUGAAGUUUGAGACGUCACAUGUUUUCUGCUUGGAAGAAUGUCAUAAAUAGAGGUGUUUAAUGAUUUGUGUGUAGAAGUUGGAUCACAUAACAUAACAUAACACCUGAACCAACUAAUGCAAUUCAUGCAGACAUAGGUCAGAACAUUUCAAAUUGUGAUGCCAGCACAUCAGAAGUAUGCCUCUGUCACAGCAAGCUGACACCUGGUAUUAAAAUGCAGUCUGUAUCUGGUUGCACAGCUUGCUCCAAAAGCCUGGUCCCACUAUGUAAGAUGUAAACAAAUAGACAGAGCAGUGAGACCUCAGCCUCUGUUAUUCUUCAGUAUAAUCUGUUGUGUAGUUUAUCUGACAGCAGCGGCAUAAAGGUUGUAUUUUAACCCUUGUUUGAUUGAUUGUAUGCAAAGACUAAAGGACAGAUUACCACAGAACUUGUUUGAAGGAUGUGUUAUGAGUCAGGGAAGAACCCAUUCAAUUUUGUUGCAAAUUUGGAUCUGGGGGUUGAUCCAGGAUUUUUUUAACUUUCGAUAACUUGGCGAGAUAGGGUGAUUUUUAACAUUUUCACCUUCUUCCCAGAGAAUAAUUCAUGGAUCUUGAUAGCAAACAUGUCUAUUUCUAUGACUAUGUGCAAUUUAGUGCAGCUUGACUGAAUUUAAGGGAACUGUUGGCCCUUGGUGGAAGUAUGCGAUUAUAGUUAACCUAUGUUUUCUUUCAUUUCAUAAGACAGUUGUGUCACAAUAUGUUUCCAGUAUGCAUUUCAUUUGAGAAAGAGAGAGGGUAUCCCUUCAGGAGAGUGGAGCAACCACAUGACAGUCUUAUUAGCCAAGCCAGGAAUACUUCUAACAAGCGUCUCUACUGGCUGUGAUUACAUUUCUUUAGCUCAAAUUUAAGUCACAGGCCUGUAAUCAGAUGUUGUGUUUCAGAGUCAGAUGACAUGUUAGUACUGGGUGGUACAUUUCAGUGUUCACAGACCAGCUGGCAAGUCAAACACAUCCUGGUCUAAUCUGACGACCUUUAGCUGUACUCAGUGAUUGCGACUAAAGCUUUGUUGGGCGACUCCAUAGCUGUGAGGGAGGUUUCCUGUGGCAGGUGACAGAGCAUGCCCUCUUCCUCCCUCGGUAAAUCCUUCAGCUGUACAGUAGUGGACAUUAUUUAUGCGAAGUUAAUAGCUGUCCACCCAAAUGAUUUGAUUCACACUUGUAUUAAUUAACUUAUAUAUUUCACGUUCUUAAUUCUUUCUUUUUGUUCCUCAGGGUGAAAAUAAGCUUUAGAAUAAAAUAACCCACAGACAUCCACAAAGCACAGCAAUAAUAAUUGGUUCCUUUACAGCCUCACAGGCACGUUGAGUAAUUAAUUAAAACUUGCACAGGACUCCUGAUAAAAUCAUUUUGUAAUGAGACUGUUUCUAUUAUGUUUAUGUUUCGGGUCUGUGCUCUACUUUUAGCAUUUUUGCACUGAAGCUGAUGAUUCUUUUUAUUUUUAUUUGAUUUUUAUUUUGCCUUUUUAAUAGUUGCUUGUAAAUGCCACUGUAUAUACUGCAUAUUUUGUAAAGAAACUAUUACAGCAGGUUGUCUGCAACAAACUGAACUGGAGGUUGACACUGUGAUAUGCCCCUCCGUCUACACCUACAGUAAAUAUGUAAUUAAUAAGAUUCUGAAUUUUCUUUGUUUGCUUACCUGGUGAACACAGAUGAGUGCAGUAUGAGGAGAUCAGUGACUCAUGUUGGUACCUUCUCUCCAUUCAACACAGGCAGACAUCCAAACUAGAGUGUGGUUACACUUACAGAUCAGUUUUUGUGGCAGGGAUUCUGGUUCUCCUUGCUGGAGGCCUGUGUCAUUCAGUUCUCCAUCUCCUGCAGGUAUUCAUGCCUAAUUUACCAUAAAUUCUCUUAUAAUAGCCAAUACUCGAAUUACAGUCAAGUCUGAAAUGUAAGCAGAACGAGUCUAAACAAAUACAAGCUCGCUAAAGAACGUUGAGGAUAGGUAAAAAAUUAUCAAAUACUUAGGAAAUAUUGAAACUGUGCAGGUUCACUACUCUGUACCUGAGGGAAAUAUUUAACAAAUAAAUCUAUGUGGAUUUAUAUAAUAUAAAAUGUGGUCACAUAAUCUCCUGCUGACUUGAUCUGACCCUUUACUAGUACAAAUUUACUAGUAUAAUGGCACAAAUCAAGUUUUAACAUAAUUUAUGUUAGUGAUUCUUUGAAUUCAGAUAAAAGGUGGGACAGUUGUUCUUGCUUUAACAGAGAUGGAGAGAGGGUACAUGUUAACAGCUUUACCUUUGUUGUUCUCAGUGAGACACCCUGACCGUUUUCCUACUUUUGUCAUUUUUAUUUUGUGUGCUGUAAUAAAAACAUAUUCAACAGGAA